UGCUCCUCUCGACUCAUCAUCUCUCUCUGCUUCCCCCUCCAUCGUCCGUCCUGCGCUUCCGUUGCUUGCUGCUGUUUAACUGGCGCGAUGAUCGUCGCGGUUUGAAAUUAGAAGGCAGGUUUCAUCAGCAGAGGUCCGUCUGUCUCCCAGUUCCCGCCGCCAUCCAUCGCCUGUCAGUUGUCACGUCAGUUGUCAUCCUCCAUUCUCGCCGUCGUCCCACCAUGUCCCGGCCAGAGCACAACGACCCCUUACCGAAAGACCCCCAAGACAACCACCACCACCACCAUCCGGACAUGCCAUCUCAGCCGCAGUCUGGCUCGGCGGCUGCCUCCUCCGCCCACGCCCAUCCGUCCGUCAUCCAGAAGAUUGCAGCAGCCAUUCCCACCUCCGGCGCAUAUCCGUUGCUAUGCUUCCUGCCUCUGGGCCUGAUGGCAGAUGUCCUCCAUUGGAAUCCCGUUCUUGUCUUUCUCUAUAACUUCCUUGCCAUCAUCCCCCUCUCGGCCGUGGUGUCGGACUGCUCCGACCUGCUAUCCGACUACCUGGGGGAGCUCAUGGGUGGACUAAUCAAUGCCACCUUUGGAAAUUGCGUGGAGCUGUCGACCGGAAUUCUGGCCCUCGCGCGCGGGGAAGUCUACUUUGCACAGUCCGUCAUGAUCGGAAGCAUUCUCUCCGAUCUCCUCCUGAUCCUCGGUUGCUGUCUCAUCGCCGCCUCGUACAACACCUUCAUCCUACACUUCAAUAAACCCGUCACGGGCGCUCUAGCCUCCUUGAUGGUUGUCACAUCUGUAGGGCUGAUCCUGCCUUCCGUUCUUUACUCGACCUUUCCCUUCGAUCUGGGGGAACAAAUCAUCGCGUUUUCACGCGGCACCUCUGCCGUCCUUUUACUGCUGUAUGGAGGGUACUUGUACUUCCAGCUGGGCACCCAUAGCCAUCUCUUUCAACAGCAGGAUGACAGCCCGGAUAAUGAGAGUCACUCGUCACGAGAGCCACAGCACAGCUUGAAUCGACUCGUCAUCACCCUGGCUCUUUCCUCGCUCGGUAUUAUUGCCUGUGCUAAGAAUAUCAUAGACAGCAUCCCUGCAACUGCUGCCUCACUGAAUAUCUCGAAGACUUUCAUUGCCACCAUUCUCAUACCCAUUAUCAGCAACAGCUGCGAAGGGGCAGUCGUCAUCACUGCCUGUACUGGUGGGGGAGAUGUGAAUUUCGCCAUCAGUGUCAUUGUCAGCAGUAUCCUGCAAAUUGGAUUGUUCGCCAUCCCGUUUCUCGUCAUGCUGGGCUGGGUAAUUGCCAAGCCAAUGACCCUUUAUUUCGAGACUUUCCAUACAGUCGUACUCUUCUUCUCGGUUUUGCUGGUCAACUGUAUCCUGCAGGACGGCAAAUAUACCUAUAUCCACGGAAGCAUGCUUGUUGCCAUGUAUGCUAUCCUGACGCUUGCUUUCUACGUUCGGUAAGCCGUAGCCAUGAACCAUGUUUGUUUACAUACAGAGAAUGAGUAGUUAUAACGCUUUCGAUCAUCCUAUGUUUUGGGCACCAUUUUGGGAUAUACUAGGAUAUAAUUAUAUGCAUAUACCAUCUUGAUCAUGAAUUUGAA